AUGUCAGAGACUUCCUCCCAUGAUUCCUUCUACGAUUCCCUAUCAGACAUGCAGGAAGAAAGCAAGACUGCUGACUUCCCGGAGCUAUCUGCUUUUCUUAGUCAGGAAGAGAUAAACAAGAGUCUUGACCUGGCCCGGAGGGCUAUAGUCAACUCUGAGACAGAAGAAUGUGACUCUGAAAAGGAGAUCUCGCAGAUUUUCAACACCUCUCCUGGAAACCUCUGUGAAAAUCCUUCCUGUCUGGAGACUAUGUCGGGUGAGCCAGCCUCCACAGAGGGGCCUCCAGAGAGCAGACCAAGCCUGGGGCUGCCUCUGCCCCAUGAACCAACAGACAGUCUCCCUUCACCUGUUUCGAAGAGGAAAGCCACCCUGUCCCCGCUGCUGGCCAGCCCCAGUUAUAUCCGGAGCCUCCGAAAGACUGAGAAACACGGUGCAAAAACCCCCGACGCAAACAUGAGGCCCAAGUCGGCCUCUCCAGGGAAGGCAGGCCCCCAGAGCGAGCUGUGUGACAAGACAGCUAAUAUCAUUGAGGAGCUGACAUCCAUCUUUAGAGAAGCAGCAAAGCCCAGAAACAGAAGCCCCAAUGGAGAAUCCUCUUCCCCAGAUAGCGGGUACCUGUCUCCCAAAAAUCAGCCAUCAGCCCUGAUGAGUGCCUCAGCCAGCCAGAGCCCCAUGGAAGGCCAGCAGGAGAUGGAAGCAGAGGUCAAGCCCCCUGAGGCCAGGCCUGGCUACCAGGCUGGCCAGGAGGUGGCUGCUCCAGACAACAGCAUCUCAAACCCACAACCCCAGAAUGUAUCCCACCUUCUCUCACCUCCUCGAUUCAUCCAGAAGCUGAGGAGUCAAGAAGUGGAGGAAGGAAGUAGAGUCUAUUUGGAGUGCAGAGUCACUGGAAACCCACCACCUCGAGUCAGAUGGUUCUGUGAGGGGAAAGAGCUGCUCAACACGCCUGAUGUUCAGAUCCACUGUGAGGGUGGGGACCUGCACACCCUGACCAUCACAGAGGCCUUCGAGGACGACACAGGUCGCUAUUCCUGUCUGGCUACGAAUCCCAACGGCUCCGACACCACGUCUGCUGAGGUAUUCGUUGAAGGUGCCAGUUCAACAGAUUCUGACAGUGAAAGUUUAGUUUUCAAGUCAAAACCUGGAGCUAUGCCACAAGCUCAAAAGAAAACAACUUCUGUUUCCUUGACAAUAGGAUCAUCAUCUCCAAAGACAGGCGUGACCACAGCUGUGAUUCAGCCAUUAUCUGUCCCUAUUCAACAGGUUCACAGUCCGACAUCGUAUCUCUGCAGACCUGAUGGAAACCCUUCUGCUUUCUUUCCUCCUGUCUUCACAAAGGAACUGCAAAACAUAGCGGCAUCGGAGGGCCAGGUGGUGGUUCUGGAGUGCCGGGUUCGAGGAGCACCCCCUUUGCAGGUCCAGUGGUUCCGACAGGGGAGUGAAAUCCAGGACUCUCCGGAUUUCAGAAUUCUACAGAAAAAACCUAGAUCUACAGCUGAACCUGAAGAGAUCUGUACCCUGGUGAUCGCAGAGACUUUCCCUGAAGAUGCGGGGAUCUUUACGUGCUCGGCAAGAAAUGAUUAUGGAUCUGUAACCAGCACUGCCCAGCUGCUUGUCACGUCAGCCAACACUGAAAACUGUAGCUAUGACUCAGUGGGAGACGCCAACAACGAUCUCUUCCAAAACUUGCCUCCACCCCCUCCACUCUUGGAAGCAAGUUCCUUUGAGUUGGCAUCAAAGAACCCAGCUGAGAUCCAGCAGGUGAACAGCCCUGAGUUAGGACUGAGCAGGGCAGCCCUUCAAAUGCAGUUCAGCUCUGCUGAGAGGGAAACCAACGGCGUCCAUCCCAGCCAUGGAGUAAAUGGACUGAUUAACGGCAAAGCUAACAGUAAUAAAUCUCUUCCUGCACCAGCUGUCCUGCUCUCACCCACUAAGGAGCCGCCACCUCUGCUUGCCAAACCCAAACUGGACCCGCUGCGGAUCCAGCAGCUGCAGCAGCAGAUCCGCCUGGAGCAGGAGGCCGCGCCGCCCUCGCCGCCCUUCCCGCCGCCGCCGCCCGAGCUGGCGCCGGGCCCGGGCCCCGGAGCGCGCUGGCCCCGCGCGGCGCCCGCCAUGCAGUCGUCCGGCUCCUUCAACUACGCGCGCCCCAAGCAGUUCAUCGCGGCGCAGAACCUGGGCCCCGCCUCGGGCCCCGCCACGCCCGCCUCCAGCCCCGGCUCGUGCCUGCCCUCGCCGCUGGCGCCCGCGCCCCGGCCGUUCGGCCGCGCCGCCCCGCCGCCCUUCGGGCCCGCCCCGGGCGCCGCCGAGCCCGAGGCCCCGUGGGGCCCGCCCGCGCCCUCGCCGCCCCCGCCGCCCGGGCCCGCCGCCGGCCCCGCGCCCGACGCCUUCCCGCCGCCGCCCCCGCCGCUGCCCGGCGCCGCCCGCUUCGGGCCCGGCCCGGCCCAGACGCCCGCGGCCUUCCUCAGCGCCCUGCUGCCCGCGCAGGGCCCGCCGCCCGCCGUCAACGCGCUCGGCCUGCCCAAGGGCGUCGCCCCCGCGGGAUUUCCAAAGAAGACCAAUAGAACUGCCAGGAUAGCCUCUGAUGAGGAGAUUCAAGGCACAAAAGAUGCUGUCAUUCAAGACCUGGAAAGAAAACUCCGCUUCAAGGAGGAUCUCCUGAACAAUGGCCAGCCGAGGUUAACAUAUGAAGAAAGAAUGGCUCGCCGAUUACUAGGUGCUGACAGUGCAACUGUUUUUAAUAUUCAGGAGCCAGAAGAGGAAGCAGCUCAUCAGGAAUACAAAGUCUCCAGUUGUGAACAGAGACUCAUCAGUGAAAUCGAGUACAGACUAGAGAGGUCUCCUGUGGAUGAGUCAGGUGAUGAAGUUCAAUAUGGAGAUGUGCCAGUGGAAAAUGGCAUGGCACCUGUCUUUGAGAUGAAGCUGAAACAUUACAAGAUCUUUGAGGGAAUGCCUGUAACCUUCAUGUGCAGAGUGACUGGGAAUCCAAGGCCAAAGAUCUAUUGGUUUAAGGAUGGGAAACAGAUCUCUCCAAAGAAUGAUCACUACAUCAUUCAAAAAGAUCUUGAUGGGACCUGCUCUCUCCAUGCCUCGGCCUCUACCCUAGAUGAUGAUGGGAAUUACACAAUUAUGGCUGCAAACCCUCAGGGCCGCAUCAGUUGUACUGGACGUCUAAUGGUACAGGCUGUCAACCAAAGAGGUCGCAGUCCCCGCUCUCCUUCAGGCCAUCCUCAUGUCAGAAGACCUCGUUCCAGAUCAAGGGACAGUACAGAUGAAAAUGAACCAAUCCAGGAGCGAUUCUUCAGACCUCACUUCUUGCAGGCUCCUGGAGAUCUGACUGUUCAAGAAGGAAAACUCUGCAGAAUGGACUGCAAAGUCAGUGGGUUACCCACCCCAGAUCUAAGCUGGCAACUGGAUGGAAAGCCAAUUCGGCCUGACAGUGCUCACAAGAUGCUGGUGCGUGAGAAUGGGGUACACUCUCUGAUCAUCGAGCCCGUCAGCUCACGAGAUGCUGGCAUCUACACGUGUACAGCCACCAACCGGGCAGGACAGAACUCCUUCAGCCUAGAACUCGUGGUUGCUGCUAAAGAAGCACACAAACCACCUGUGUUUCUGGAGAAACUACAAAACACAGGCGUUGCUGAUGGGUACCCAGUGCGACUGGAAUGCCGUGUUUCAGGAGUGCCACCACCACAGAUCUUCUGGAAGAAAGAAAAUGAGUCACUCACUCACAACACUGACCGAGUGAGCAUGCACCAGGAUAAUUAUGGCUACAUCUGCCUGCUCAUUCAAGGAGCCACAAAAGACGACGCAGGGUGGUAUACAGUGUCAGCCAAGAAUGAAGCGGGGAUUGUGUCCUGUACUGCCAGGCUGGACGUUUAUACCCAGUGGCAUCAGCAGCCACAAAGCACCAAGCCAAAAAAAGUUCGGCCUUCAGCCAGUCGCUAUGCUGCACUUUCAGACCAGGGACUAGACAUCAAAGCAGCGUUUCAACCUGAAGCCAACCCAUCUCACUUGACAUUGAAUACCGGCUUGGUAGAAAGCGAGGACCUGUAAUCCAACAUUCUUGUGAAAAGCUGAAACACUGAAUACAGCCAUUGCCUUGACCAAUAUAUUCCUUUGUUAUAUUAUGUAAAAGGUAAAAACAUACUUUUGAUUAUAAAAAAUAAAAAACCACCAAAAUAAUACUUUUCUUACUUGAUAUAACAAUUUUAAGUAGGCGAUGCUAAUAGAAAUAUACACAUUGCACAGAAAAUUCACAUUUAUCAUCUAAUUUAAAACUUUUGGAAUUGCUGUGAUUCAAGGUCUGAAAUGCCAAAACACUAAAGGAAAUCAAUUGUUCAAGGUAACUACAAUUUGUAUUAUCAUAAAUGCCUUUAAACACUAGCUAUAGGUGCUACGUACUGUGACAGUGUGAAAUGCGUGAUGAGAGGCAACUGUACCACAAAUAAUACUAAGAUGAUUCUAAAGUGGUAGAGAAUUCAGAUAAGUAUAGUGAACCAAGUGCAAUAUGUAAGGAUAAGAAGAAGAAAUGACAAAGAAAUCCAAGGAAAUGCCUUGUCUUUGCAAAUUGUUUUAUAUUAAGUCAUAAAAAAUAAUUACUUGCCUUAAAUUUUAGGAAUAUUGAGUUGUCUAACAAGGUUAAUAUCUUAGUUCUUAAACUUUUUUAAUGUGUAGUAUUUUUUUCUUGCUACCUUGGUAGGAAGCUUAUUUACAGACCGUAUUGAAAGGCUAAUUUAAGUAUGAGUAAUAUAAAGUAUUCUGAAUAAAGCAGAAAUAUAUUAUAGUCCAUUCCAGGAAAGGCAUCCAGACCACCCAAAUGACCAAGGCAUAGUAUUUGGAGGAACCAGUGGAUUGGAGGGAGAAGAGAAUGAAGGGAAAUGCUGCCAGCACACUUGUAUUGUACUCAUUUAGACAGAAGCAGAAAGAACAGGAGAAAUGUAAAGUCCAAGCUUUAUCUUUGGUUUUCUUCAAAAUUAACCUAAAUGUCGGUGAAAAACACUGCCAUUCAAAAGUCAGGGAAAGUAGAGUCAGCUGGAAGUUUGGAGCGUAUGUGCUAUGGAAAUUUCAGUGUGUCUGAGGUUUGUGUAUUAGUUGAAGAUUUUAGAUGUGCAGAGCAAGUUGAAAAUGGACUGAGACUACAAGACUGGCAUAAAUGGGAAAUCGCCUGAUAGGAUCUAAUUUAGUUAAGAGAAGUGGAGACUUAGGAGAAACAAAAACAGGUUUGUGCCAUAAUGUAUUUUUUUUUUCAAUGACACCAAGAUAAAGUCAAUGGAAAAUACUAGUUCACUUCCCUGCCAUCAUGAAACCUUGCCUUACGGGGCUUUGGGUGCCAAGUAAUUUGUAAAGGCAUCAGCAAAAGACUGGUUUUUAAAUGCAUAUGAUUCUGCAUCAGCUAGAUUAAGUUGAUUCUGACCAGACUUGAUGGUUUUAAGUCGGAACCAAUAAUUUUUAAAAGGAAAAAAUUUGGCCUAAUAUUAUAAAACAUGAGGCUUUAAUGGUACUUUGCUAUGAAAACAGUUAUCUUAUGCAAAACACAUAUAUCUUUCAUUAUUUAUAAUAAAAAUAUUGAACUCUUAGCUCAGUUAUUCAAUUCAAUACGUAGUAUUUUUAAAUGAUUUUAUAUCUGUGUACCACUCUAUAUAUUUCCUAUUACUGCUUCACAUGUACAGCUUUCUACUUCUUUGUCAGAACACCAACCAAGUUUUAAAUAAUGAAUAGGCUUGCGCACCGGGUGGCAGCUGUUCUAUGCAGGGUGGUACAGGUUUCUUUUACCACACUUCCGUGCAUUUAAUACAGAAUGUGAGAUAGCAGGCAAAGUCUCGUGAACCUAUCUAUACUGUAGAAUUAUGACUUACGUCAUAUCUUACUUGCCAAAUUUUUCUGAAUGUGACUUUUUGCUCACUUGCUGGGUUUGGGAUUAAAUAGCAUUAUUUUGCCACCUUCCAUGUUGUAUUUAUAAAAAAAAUAUUACUACUUUGGAUUGUUGUGCUGGUGUAAUGUGGAUCUAACAUCAAUAAAUAUUUAACAAAUAACAGUUGCAAUUUUAUGAAGCAAAAUAUCAAUUGUUUGAGUUGUCUAUUGUUGCUUUAAUGAGUACAAACUUAAAGGCUUAAAACACUUCACUAGUUCAGAGGUUAGGUCUCAGAAGGUUAGGAGCGGUAUGGCUGGGUUCUCUGCACAGCCUUAGAAUGCUAAAAUCGGUAUGUCUACUGUACUGCAUCCUCAUAGGAAGCGUGGAAUGCUUUUCCAAGCUCAAGUACUUGUGUCAGAACUCAGUUCCUUGCAGUUAUAGGACAAAUGUCUUUAGUCAGGUGAGGGCAGCUCUGAAUUCCUAAAAGUCACCUGCAUUCCUUGCUAUCUGGGCUCCAUACCCAACCCCCUAUCUUCAGAACCAGCCAUGAAAUUCUCCCACCUGACAAUUUCCUCACUAUGAAUCUCUUGCCAACAAGAGCUAACUCUCUUUUAAAGGAUUACCUGAUUAGGUCAGCUACCCAGAUAAUCUCUCAAAAUACAUGAUUUGGGACUUAAUAACAUAUACAGAUCCCUUGAAAGCAGCACUGAGAUUUUUUUUUUGAUUGGAUGACAGAAAGUGUGUGUAUACCAGGAAGUGGUAAUUCUGGGAGCCAGCUUAGUUCAGCUUACCACAUCAGAAACUUGUAUUUAUGUUAUUUUUUAAAAUAUUGGUUCUUGGGCCUCCCCAGUGGCGCAGCGGUUGAACGCUGGGUUGCGAAGCUGCCCAC